UGCGACAUCACUACGUCAGCAAUCAUUCUUUCCCCCGCAGCCUCAAGUUUUGCCAGAGGCUGCAGCUUCUACAUUUCCCGACAGACUUGCAAGCAUCUUGAGUGUAAAUAGACACGCUGUUCGGGCGCUGGAUCAAUCCACAAUGGUGUCUAUAGCUUCACAAACGGGGCUCGUGGAAUACAGUAAUGAAAAUAAGUUUAUCACAAAUAUGGACGUAGGAAUCGCUUCCCUCCUUCCUACUUCACCACGUCUGCUAGCUUUAGAUGCCAUAGAUCCACUGGGGUUGGUAGGCAGAGACAUGUCUGCUUCUGUCGAAUCCGGUGACUUCUCUGCUGUAGAAAAUCGUGAUGGGGACAUUUCUUUCGACACCACAAUAGUAGAGAAAUCAUCGGAUCCUGUCGUGGAUCUUGCGCCUUCUGUCGACUCAUCAACGGGCGCCACUCCGAUGGUGAACGACUCCAGUAUGAACGCUGUCGCUUCAUCUACUUCGAGCGAUUGGGAAGAGGACUCCAUUGAAAAGGUGAUAGAAGAUUUAUUUGGGGAGGAGUCUUUUGAACCGGAUCCAGCCCUUGUAGUCCCCAGUCUUCCUGUCCUGCAUGGAGCGUCUCCUCUGCAUACGUCCCUGGUUCCAGCUGUAUCGACCGAGACAGAGAAAGAUCUCAAUGACCAUGCAUGGACCGGCUCUCCAUCUUACCAUUCCAUUCGGUCAACGCCUCCACGUAACCGUUCUGCCUCUAUCCAUUCCACCCCGCGCGCUUCCUCUCACGAUCGACAUUCCAUCCGGUCUACACCACCGUCCAGUCCCUUACCGCACAUUCAGCUUGCAUUGAUUAAAGAGAGGCAAUCACUAGCCACGCAAUUAUCCUCACCCUUCAAGAUACCCACGCAAAUGACGACUUCUCCCGUAAUACUUGCUUCAAGCCCACCGCCAGGAUUGAAUUAUGAAGAAGGCGACGAUCAUGCCGACCUGCUGAUUGACGAUCGAGUAAGUCAACGUGGAUAUGUAUCAUGAAGAAGUAGAUAUUAUUGAUCUUAUCAUUGGUCAGGGCGGAAACGUGUCCAGCGUACG